GUAGAUUGUGCCAAGACAAGAAGAGAGCGCUGGAAGAGCAUUGUGAUGAGUUUAGGUCUUCUUGGAAUGAUUGGUGGGCAAAAGAGAAGAAAAGACAGUGUGAUAUAAUGUUAUUAGGUUUUGGAUGGUGUUUGGAUAGGCACGGCAAGGAGUCAAAGCAAUGCCAAUUUGAAGCUAAGGAGCUUAAAAAGUUCUGUGAUAUAGAAGUUUAAUGACAAGCUGUUUUCAACAUACUUUAUUGAUGAUGAUCCUAAUUAGUUACGGAGUACUACCUAUAUAACACUCCCUCCGUCCAAUUCACAUGAUGUUGUUAAAGAGCGUCCUCACGGAAGAAAUGGAAGAAUAUGGUUCACCGCAGGGGCCACCGCUACCCAAGCGGAAGAAGAAGGAGCCCUUGAUCUUCACGGAUGAAGAUUACCCGCUGGUCCUUAGUCCCCAUCGGGAUGCACUAGUAGUAAAGAUAGAGAUCAACAACGUGGUCGUCCAUCGCACGUUGGUCGAUACCGGCAGCUCGGUCAACAAUAUGUACAACAAUACCUUCAAAGAGCUAGGCUUAUCUCGGGGAGACCUUAAGCCAAUCUGCACCCCGCUGUUAGGAUUCACGGGGGAUACUAUUAAAGCAGAGGGAACCAUUACAGUGAAGGCUGGGAAGGAAGAAGGGCGACCCACAGCGGAGCUGGCAGAGGAAGGGGAGGAAGUUGCCCUGGAUCCGGCAAAGCCGGAGCAAAAGCUGAAGGUAGGUAGAUCCCUGCCGCUCAAGCUAAAGGAGAAGUUGGUGGGCGUCCUCCGUUUGUUCAAAGUGUUGUUUGCCUGGGGUCCAGGGGAUAUGCCUGGGGUCGACCCACGAAUCAUCUACCACAGAUUGGCGGUAGAUCCGGCCCACAAGCCGAUCAAGCAGAAGAAGUGUUUCCUCUCCUCGGAAAGGAGAGAUUUUGUCACUAAGCAAGUAACCACCCUGCAAUCCAUCGGGCACAUCUGGGAAGUCUGCUACCAGAGUGAUAAUACAUGGGAGUCCAAAAAAGUCAAAGAAGAUAUUGAAGUUGAAUUUUUGGAGCUUUAAAGUUGGCCCAAUCCAAGUUUGGCCCAAAGCUAUUCCAUCUACCAAAUAAAUUAAGAGAGGAGGAAGAAGAGCAAAUAAAAGAAGAAAAAAAGAGAAAUCUCCCAGUGAAUGAGAAACGCAGGAGAGAAGAGGCGCAGAGUCCUUCCCCAAAUCCAACGCAAAUUCCAAGAAUCCUACUCCAAAUUGAAGAUUCCAAACUCCACGAUUAUAAAAGGAGACAAAAGCCACAAGAAAAUCAUCUUCUUCAACCCCAAAUCCAGAGGGAGAUCAGAUAGCCGAGAGAGAGGAACAUAGCAGCGGCAAGGAUUUCCACCGCCGACCUAGGGUUCCGACC